UUUCAGAACUUGCAGCGGCUCUCUUCUUGUCGCCCAUCUGCCGCCCGCCCUCCGUCUACCACCACGAGGUCCUGUCGAAACGCCGCGAUCUCGAAGCAGCGAUCAUGGCGGCGGAGGCCGGAGGCAUCGCUCUUCUCUCCAUGUACAACGAUGAGGAGGAGGACGACGACAAACAGGAGCCCGAGGCCCACGCCGGAGCCGGGGGCCGCGCCGACGCCGAUGGCGGAUUGAAGAACAACGGUAUCUCCCCGUCCUCGUAUCCUGCCAUAGAGAGCUGUUCUCCCUCCCUAGGUGCUCGAUCUCCUCUCUUUCCCGACGAAGGCGCAGAUUACAAAACCCUAAAGUGCCCUGUCGCCCGGAGCCCUACGCCGCCGCCGUUCCGUCUGUUUCAGCAGUCUUCGCCCUUUCCCUUGACUUCUCCUUCUCCACCUCCGCCGGUGGCGCCACCGACUUCUUUUUCCGAUCCUGUGGAUGUGCAGAGGAUGAGGAGAGGGUCGCUGGUCAUAGUGGAUUACGCCCACGAUGAGAACGCCUUGUCUCCCGAACCUGAGGAGGGAGAGAUACUGAGCAGUGGCCGUGUUGUGAUGGGUGCAGAGCUUCAGGUUUCCAAUGGUUUACCCUGAAGGGACUCAUUUAAUUACCCCUUGGUUUGAGAGACCUAUCAUAUAUGAUGUUCGUGCCCGUCCGCAUCUUGUGGAAAGCACUUCUGGUGGUCGUGAUCUGCAAAUGGUAUAAUUCCUUUACACCCACACAAUUGACUUUUGAAUCACAACUUGGUGUAAUCUACAUUUUAUUGGUAUGUGGCUGUUGCUAAUCUUUAACUACUGAAUUUGGUUUGUUUUUUGGAGUAGGUAUCUAAAAUCUCAAUAAUUAUUUAAAUUAGUUUCUACUUUUGCAAGGUUAUAUACAUUUAAUUCUGUUGUUACCUUUGCAUUGACAGUCAAAAAUAUCGAGCUUGCGAGAAGAAUCUUCCCAAUCUGGUGUGCAAUUAACAUUAGAGGAGAUGUCUAAGCAGGCACUUGGAAAAAGGAAGAGAUACAUUCUUGGAUUUGGGGUUGGGCCGAAGCCCUCUUCAUCUUCUUCCACACCUAGUCGUGUGUCACAAGAUCAUGUUGGGGAGUUGCAGAAACUUAAAGCUGAGAUGGAAGAGAUGAAGAUGGAGCGUGAGGAGCUGCGGAGGCAAUUGGAGUAGGAGAAGAAAGAGCAUGAGGAGGAAAGAAAAGAGCGAGAGGAAGAACAUAAGCAAAUUGCACAUCUUACAAGUUUGGUGACAGAGAUCUUAAAGGAAAAGAUCCAAACGCACAAGUCAUCUAUCCAUCAUGAUGGGGCCAUGUAUUCAACUGGUGGUACAAAUACUCGUUGAUACAUGAUGGAGUUUUGAGCAUGUGAAAUCUAGUUUUUGGUACAUGGAUAGCUUUUGUUCAGAUGAUCAUGGUGGAGUUGUCUACAAGCAGAAUCCAGUUUUUGGUAUAAGAAUAUUUUUGUCUACAUGAUGGUUGUUUGGAUGAAUAGCAAGAUCAGAUAUUUUGGAAUUUUUAAUUUACAUUUUGAUGUGUUUGGUGAUGAUUAUCACCUUAACAUAUGGUAUGGAUGAAACAUUGUGAUGUAUGGUUAAUAGGUAUGCUUGACUUUAGACUUAUAGAUAAUGAUAUUUAUAAUGAAUGAUUAUGGAUUCUCGAA